AUGAAGCCAGCCAUGGAAACUGCAGCCGAGGAAAAUACUGAACAAAGCCAAGAGAGAAAAGUGAACAGCAGAGCUGAAAUGGAAAUUGGCAGGUACCACUGGAUGUACCCAGGCUCAAAGAACCACCAGUACCAUCCCGUGCCAACCCUGGGGGACAGGGCUAGCCCCUUGAGCAGUCCAGGCUGCUUUGAAUGCUGCAUCAAGUGUCUGGGAGGAGUCCCCUACGCCUCUCUGGUGGCCACCAUCCUCUGCUUCUCUGGGGUGGCCCUGUUCUGUGGCUGUGGGCAUGUGGCCCUCGCGGGCACUGUGGCGAUCCUUGAGCAACACUUCUCCACCAACACCAGUGACCAUGCCUUGCUGAGUGAGGUAAUACAGCUGAUGCAGUAUGUCAUCUACGGGAUCGCGUCCUUCUUCUUCCUGUACGGGAUCAUUCUGUUGGCCGAGGGCUUCUACACCACGAGUGCGGUGAAGGAGCUGCACGGCGAGUUUAAAACCACUGCCUGCGGCCGCUGCAUCAGUGGCAUGGUGAGUCCGAACCUCUGA